ACCGUCCAGAUUCUAUCAGCCAAUCACUUCCUUCCUGUGUGACCUUGGCAUAGAGCGCGGCUUCGUAACGACGUGCAACUUGAGUUUUGGAAAGAAGCUUGUCCAGUUCAAAAGUAUAUCAAGAUAAAUUCCAAAAAUAUCUGUACGCUCAAUCAUGUCGAUGACCCGAACUCCACCGCCAAAACUUCAAAUGAGAACACGAUCAUCACUACAAGUGGAUAACGCGCCACCAUCGCCGCCGGGCGCGGGACGCCGUGAGGAAAACACGGAAGCGGGAAAACGUGGUGCUUCGACAAAUGAAAGUGGAAGUGCAGGUAAUGGUAAAGUGAUCGGGCUGCAAAAAGGUGACAAGACCCCGGGCAAGGCCGGGGAGGCCCAGAGGGAUUCAGCAAUAGCUCAUUUCUCUUUACAACAUUACCAUCAUGAAAACAUCUUAUUAUUAGAAGCAGUAACUUUUUAACUGCAAGAUGCCUACAUCCAGCAAGAUUUUCAAGGGCUAUAGGGCUCUUGGUUUUGUAAGCAAUCAUGUGCCGUUGCUUGUCAGAUACAUACAUAAGAGAAAAGAGAACUUAAUAAUUACAUGCGUUGGGAAGUCUUUCCACACUUAUGCAUGCAGCCGGCUGCAGCUGCUCAGUGUCAGCGAGCCACACGAGGCCGACAUUGAGGUCAUGGCCGCCGACCGAGCGCUCGUCUACACCGCUGUACGGCGCACUGUGCGCGCGUGGAGGCGAGGCACUGAGCUGGUGCACACCUACCCGGAGCACAGUCAGCCGGUGCACCUGCUGCUGCCGUUCGGACCGCACCUCAUCACUGUCGACACGGACAGCACCCUGCGCGUCUGGGACAUCAACUCGGAAGAGCUGUACACCGAGCUAUCAUUCAGUAACUCGUCGUUUCGUGUCACGUGCCUGGCUCACCCGAGCACUUACCUGAACAAGGUGCUGCUGGGUAGUGAGCAGGGCAGUCUGGAGCUGUGGAACCUGCGCACUUCUCGGCGCGUGCACACCUUCACCGGCUGGGGCGCCGCCGUCACUGCGCUUGAACAGGCCCCGGCCGUGGACGUGGUGGCCGUCGGCCUAGCCAGCGGAGAGAUGAUCCUUCACAACCUGCGCUUCGACGAGACGCUGAUGCGCUUCCAGCAGGAGUGGGGCCCGGUGACGUCACUGGCUUUCCGUACCGACGGCCAGCCGGUGAUGAUAUCCGGCAGCACACAGGGUCACGUGGCGCUGUGGGACCUCGAGGAGCGGAAGCUGCUCGGUCAGAUGUGGGAGGCACACCAGGGCUCCGUGACAGGCAUGGCGGCGCUGCCGUCCGAGCCACUCCUGGUCACAUCGUCACCGGAUAACUCGCUCAAGGUGUGGAUAUUUGACAUGCCCGACGGCGGCGGCCGGCUGCUGCGCGCGCGAGGCGGUCACUCGGCCCCCUCCACCUUCAUCCGGUUCUACGACGAUCGGGGCAACAUCCUCAGCGCCGGCCAGGACAGCACCAUCCGCGUCUUCUCCUCCGAGAACGACGCCGUUAGCAGGAGCUUCGGCCAGGCCAGCUACAACCGCAAACUGUCCAAGAAGCGGCGCGCCGGCGUACACGACACGCUCACGAUGCCGCCCGUGGUGUCGCUGGCUGCCUCGACGGUGCGAGAGAAGGAAUGGGACAACAUCGCCGCAGUACACCGUGGCGUGGCUCAGGUCACCACCUGGUCGUUUGACAAACAGCGGAUGGGGGAGCACCGGCUGCUGCCCGACCGGCUCGAGGGUCGCGCCGGACGCGCCGCCGCCGCCACCUGUGCGGACAUCACGGCGUGCGGCAACUUUGUCGUCAUCGGGUACAGCACGGGCCACGUGGACCGGUUCAACAUCCAGUCGGGGCUGGCGCGCGGCUCCUACGGCGACCCAGGUCACGAGGGCGCCGUGCGGGGCGUGGCCACCACUGGGCUGGUCCACCAGGUGCUGUCGGCCGGCGCCGACAGUCAGCUGAAGUUCUGGCGGCUAAAGACGGGUCAGCUGCUGCACUCACUGACCCUGGACGCGCCCGCCGCCAGGAUGGUCCUGCACAGGGAGAGCUCCCUGGCGGCGGUGGCUCUGGACGACUUCUCUGCCUGUGUGGUGGACGCCGACGGGCGCCGGGUGGUGCGCCGGUUCGCCGGCCACGGCGGCCCCCUCACCGACCUCUGCCUGUCCCCGGACGGCGCGUGGCUCCUCACCGCCGGAAUGGACUGCUGUGUGCGCGUCUGGAGCCUGCCCCAGGCGGCGCUGGUGGACGUCCUCCGCACAGACACGGCGCCCACCUCCGUGACGCUCGGUCCAGCCGGUCGUCUCCUGGCCACCACACAUGUAGACGACACCGGGGUGUAUCUGUGGGCCAACCGGACGCUGUUUGACUACGUUAGCCUGCCGCCGCUGCCGGCCGACUAUGUGCCGAGUGUGGCGCCGGCGCCGGGCAGCGCGCCCGAUGACGGCGUGGUGCUGACGGCCGCUGACGAGGAGGAGGAGGAGGAGGAGGUGAAGGUGGACGUGGAGGAGGAGUACGCGUGUCCUCAGCAGCUGGCCGAUCAGUUGGUGACGCUCUCACUGCUGCCAGAGUCGCGCUGGGCGCACCUGCUCAAUGUGGACGCCAUUCUGAAACGUAACAAGCCGAAGGAGGCCCCCAAGGCGCCCAAGUCGGCGCCGUUCUUCCUGCCGACGGUCUCUGGUCUGGAGACUAAGUUUGACCUGUCGGACUCGGUAGCGGGGGAGGGCGCCGCCGACUCUGAGCGGAUCCUGCACCUGGGCGCACUGGCUCCGGUCACCGAGCUGGGCCGGCUGCUGCUGAAGGCGGAGACCGGAGACGACGAGAAUUAUGACGCUGUCAUGACGCUGCUGAAGACCUUCGGUCCGUGGCAGCUGGACUCUGAGCUGCGGCAGCUGGCGCCCGCGCCCGGCAGCUCGCCCAAGCUGCUGCGGCUCUUCCUUAUGACGCUGCAUCACCAGCUGGACUCGUGCCGCGACUUCGAGCUGGCGCAGGCCUACCUCGGACUCUUCCUCAAGCUGCACGGCCCAGCCAUCAGUGAGAGUCUGGAGCUGCGGAAUCUUGUGGACAAGCUGAGCACCAGCCAGGCGGCUGCCUGGGAGCGUCUCCAGGGUCGCAUCAACUCGGCACUCUGCCUGGUCAGCUUCCUCAGGUCGUCCACCAUCAGCUGAUGACGGCGGUGUGGCCGCGCUGUCCUCUAAAACCGGCGGCGGCCACCGAUUUGGCCAGGACAGGGGCUGCGCUCGAUAUCUGACGCAAGGACUAUCGGCCUUUGGGAUGCCGGCGGCGCGCCGGGCCACGGCCGUCUGUGGGAAGUGUUCGGCUGUGUCGGGUCCGUGGAAAUACACUGGUGUGCGACAA